AAAUACACCUUCUCUUUAAACCUAAGAGGUUAGUUUAAGUUCAAUUUGAAUGUUAGCACCGGUAACUUAACUGACCGAUCUUGUGACAAACCACCUGCAUCUUGUGAUCUUCCUUCUCUUCUACAUACAUACAAUCUCAUACAAUACUUCUUCCUCCUUCCUCUCACACCCAAACCGAACAAAGUGACACCAACGAACACACAAACCUCUCAUUCUCUCAAUCAACACUAUUUUGAUACCUGAUAUCCCCUCGCAAACCGAAGCAACACAAAAGUUACUAGUCAAUAGCUCAAUAAUCGUCAAAAUGGUGUUUCUCAACUUGCUGACAUUUGGCCUUUGGGGAAAGCUCGGACGACUCACUCACUACGCCGUAGAUGCGGUUCUCAUCUCGACUAUCCUUGCUGGUAUGAGGCGGUCAACUGGUUUGACUUUCAACACCGAGCGCGUUACUGUCGGCGAUGGCAAGGAUGCCAACAAGUGGAUAGAAAAGUACCUGGGCGUGGGUGAGUGGGUUAUGGACCAGUCCGUUGCAAUAGCCGGCUCGAGCGGCUGGUUCCAGCGGACUCGAUAAGGGGGACAUGUCGAGGGUUUCCGAGUGAGAGAACGAGAGAAAGAGAGGUUCGAUGGAUGGAAUGUUUUAAGACCCCAUCCAUGCAAACGACUCAAAACGGCCGCUAUAUCCUCCGCCGCGCUAUUCUAUUCACGGGAAGCAGUAUUUGUCUCACGCAUUCGGGGAGAUGCAUCGUCGAC